AUUCUCACACAACCACUCAGAAGACGUCAUCAGGCCAGGCAGUGGGGGUAGGCAGCUUUCAUAGAAAGCCUUCUAUGAUGAAGCACCUUAAAAACAGACAGAAACACAAGAUCUCAGAGCCCACUCCACCUUCUUUUGCCCCGGGGAAUAAAAGAAAACAAGGACGAAGAUCCACAAGCCCUCCUAGGAAGAUGCAUUUGCGCCUGCUCCUGUUGGCCUUCUUUCUGCCUCCCAAGGCACAGGCAGGGGAGAUCAUCGGGGGACAAGAAUCCAAGCCCCACUCCCGCCCCUAUAUGGCCUAUCUUCAGUUUGUUGCUCAAGGUGAAAGGACUAUGUGUGGUGGCUUCCUGAUACGAGAAGACUUUGUGUUGACAGCUGCUCACUGCUUGGGAAGGCCAAUGACUGUCACCCUGGGGGCACACAACAUUGAGAAUCUGGAGAAGACCCAGCAGGUCAUCCCAGUGAAAAGAACCAUCCCCCACCCAGACUAUGAUGAUAAUUACUUGUACAACGACAUCAUGUUACUGGAGCUAGAGAAAAAAGCUAAGUUGAAUGCAGCUGUGCAGCCUAUCAAGCUGCCCAGGGGCAAGAACAAGGUGAAGCCUGGGAAGGUGUGUCUUGUGGCUGGCUGGGGGAGAAUGGACAGAAAAGACAAACACCCCAACACGCUGAAAGAGGUGGAACUGAAAGUGCAGAAUGACCAGGUGUGCGAGCACGAGAAAUUAUUAAAAUACAAUAGUACUAUCGAGAUAUGUGCGGGGGAUCCAAAGGAAAACAAAGCUUCCUUUAAGGAAGAGGAAUAA